AUGUUUGGUAUCAACCAAGGAUGGAAUGAUCUCGUUCGGCCCCCAGGGAUCUCAGCCGGAUUUUUUUGUUGUGGAUGUCGAUCCCAGUCUAACAUACCAGCUCUUCCCUCUGACAUGUACAACACCGCUACUCUCCUCAAGUAUCUUCUCAACUACUGUUCAGACGAAUUUUUCCUGCACUGUUUGGCAUGCAUCAAUGACUAUUGGUCUGUCAAGUGUGGGCUCGUUCGUCUGGCCGAUUCAUUGCGAACUUUCGAUCUCGGCCCCGUUGGUAGGUUUGUCAAAGACCAUUUCCAACCGAUCACCCUGGAAGAUGGGAGGACGCGCUUAUCUAUAAAACCUACUACUCACUGGCAGAUUUCGUUCUUUGUUGCGUUCAAAUAUGGAUUCGAUACAGGAGGCUAUGCCAAUCAUGCAGCACCUUGA